AUGUCGUUUCGUUUGCCUCAUGCACAAUCAAUUUUAACACUUGUUUACAACUCGAAAAGUAAAAAUUCAAAUACUGCACUCUCAAUCCUUUAUGAAGCGUUAAGAAGACAACCUGGUGUAUUCAAGCUUGAUAUUCUUGACUGUAAAAAACAACCUCUAACGAAAGAUCAACUUCGAAACAUUACAGAUUAUCUUGGCGCUGAAAAUGAUUUGAAAUCGGUUCUUAGAAAUGACGAGUCCGAAGCCGUGGAAACGGCAAGUAAUGUUGAUGAAUUAGAAAAUGUCAUCAAAAAACAACCUGACAGGAUGCAAAGACCUAUUUUGGUGGACUGGAAUAAGGGCAAAGCGAUUAUCGCUCGUCCGCCGGAAAAG